AGGAGCUCGCUUUUACUCAACACUUCCUUCUCUCUCAAUCUCAUCGUUCAAAGUGUCUCCAACUUUUCGAACCACAGCUUUACUCCGGAACACUGCAGCCCAAACCAAGCCAUUGUUGCUGAAAACCUUUGUGGCUCCAUAUCAUACUGCAAGAAAGAUGUCUUCCAGCAGAUCCAUCGAGAUGAUUCCCCGACGGAACACUGAACGAGCUCACACAGAUCAUGGUUGGCUCAAAAGUUUUCUUACAUUUUCGUUCGCCAAUUACCAUGACUCAGAACACGAGUCUUUUGGUUCUCUCCGUGUGUUGAACGAGGACCGCGUGGCACCUCACACUGGUUUUGGCACCCACAGCCAUCGAGAAUAUGAAAUUUUUUCUUAUGUGAUCAGUGGUUCGCUCGAGCACCAAGAUUCUAUGGGCAACACCGAAAUACUAUCUCGCGGUGCCGUUCAGAUGACCUCCACUGGAACCGGCAUCUCUCACUCUGAGAAAGCCCAUGGCUCUCAAGAGGUACAUUUCUGUCAGAUAUGGGCAUCUCCUCGUCCCGGAGAAGACAGAGGCAAACCUGCAUAUUUUACCAGGCAUUUCACCGACGAAGACAAGCGAAACCAAUUCAGGCUUAUCGUUGCGCCUUCCAAUUCGUCCGAAGUCUCGCUUGACAGGGAUGCUGAAGGUCCUGCUCCAAUUCGCUCGCAGCUUCGCGUAUAUGCAUCGCUCAUGGACCCUGGUAUAUCCUUCGUGCAUGCAUUUCACCCAAGCCGCAGCCCUGAGGGGCGUAAAGCAUACAUUCAUGUCGUUCAAAAAUCUGGAUACAAUCCUGGUAACGCCAAGGGGGUCAAAUUGCGCGUUGGCGCUCAAAUCGAGGGGCCGAUAGUCGAGCUCAGAGAGGGAGAUGGUUUAUAUCUAUUUGUGGGAAAGGAUGCUGGACUAAAGGUUGAGAAUGCAGGGGAAGAUGCGGUUGAGUUUUUAUUAUUUGAUAUGGAGUAAAAGCAACUAUAGAUGCUUCAUGGCCACCAUCCUAGGCAAUUCGACUGUCAAUUCACGUCUGUUUGAUUAGAGUCAGAACUUAAAACAUCCACCAAUCGUCCGCAGGGGUCACUUCUGGGCCCUGGAGUUCUGGAAACUAGCACAUUAGGCUGGAGCUGAUCUAGCAUGCUCAGCUAUCUGACUAUCUAACAUCUAACAUCUAAC